CCAUCGCUGUCGUUAGCUGCUCUCGGUUGACUUGUCCAGUGUAGGUUGGUCCGGAUGGGCUACCCUGUAUCAACGAGCUCACCCGUCUGAUCAGUUGUGGCUAUAUUACCGUAUGCGAGGUGGACUAUUUUCCCCUGAGCUGGAGAGGACUCGUGUUAUUCUCAAUGCUAUGUGUGCGUGACCAAUAUUUUGCACAUUUCCGUAACUGGCAACAUCACAUCGCUGACAAACUGAGUGAGCAGGAGCCGUUACUGAUGAGGUUUAAAUGGACUCGACGCUUUAGUUAAUCACAGUGCCGGGUUUUAGGACAUGAGAAAAGACGGCCGAGGCUCGGGCUGUGUGUGUGUGUGUGUGCAUUAUUGUUGGUGGUGGUCAAUCACUCACUUGCAGUGCCUGGUCUAGAAAAUUGUCUGGGGCGGAUGACAUUGUAUCCUCCGCGAUCAUUCCCCACGACCAAGAGACUCACAAAUGAGGGCUGCGACCUUGGCUUCUGUUAUAACAAUAAAACGUUGUAGGUAUUAAUGCGAUGUUACUGCGUUACAAGUCUCUCUCGAGCUUGACCUUGUUGCGAACCGUUUCGUCGACUUGUUUCUUUGUCAGAGGCAACCUCACUCAACGUUACUCCGUGAACAGUCAGCGAAAUGCCAGACCAGUCGAUAAAAAGAACAUUUUGUGAAGAAAGAAAGUGACUUUUAAAGGGGGGGGGGCCGCACAACAGAUUUUUUUUUCAGUUUGUUGAACUUAUCGCUGCUAUUGCGACACGGCUUUAAUCUGUCAUUAUCUGUGACGGUCUGGUUUGGUGGCUGUGUUGCCUGCACAUAAGCGGUGUUAUCAUCGCUCUAUUUUUGCUGUCGAGUGUACACUCCGCAGAGAGCAGCGCACCAAGACAACGGAGAGAAGCGAAAACGAAAAUGAACGCCUCAGAUUCGUUACACUGGUCACCUAGAGGACUCAUACAGAGAUGAAGACUCUGGAGGAGCCCCCCUACUUGACAGUAGGGACGGAUGUGAGUGCCAAGUACAGAGGGGCUUUCUGUGAGGCCAAGAUUAAGACUGCCAAGAGGCUAGUCAAGGCCAAGGUCACCUUUAAACCAGAUCUGUCCACGGCUGAGGUCCAUGAUGAAAACAUCAAAGGACCUCUAAAGGUGGGUGCUGUUGUGGAGGUGAAGAAUCAGGAUGGAGUCUACCAGGAGGCCACAAUCAAUAAACUGACCGAUGCUAGUAUAUAUACUGUUGUGUUUGACGACGGCGAUGAGAAGACCCUGAGGCGUUCCUCUCUCUGCCUGAAAGGAGCGCGUCACUUUGCAGAGAGCGAGACACUCGACAGACUCCCUCUCACCAACCCCGAGCACUUUGGCACACCUGUCAUCGGCAAGAAGGGCAACCGAGGCCGUCGAUCAAACCCAAUUCAAGAAGAAGAGUUGUCUUCAUCCUCCAGUGAAGAGGAAGAGAGUGAUCAGCGGCAGAAUGAGGAUCUGUUCGGCAAAGUGGUCUGUGUGGAGGGGGUUGCCACCGGGGACAAAAAGAAGACCACGUGGUAUCCUGCACUGGUCAUCUCCCCGGACUGCCAUGAAGAUGUGACUAUGAAGAAGGACAACAUCUUUGUCCGCUCUUUCAAGGAUGGAAAAUUUUACACUGUGCUGCGGAAGGAUGUCCGUGAGAUGAACAGCGAUUGUCCUCCAAAAGCCGAUGCAGGGCUCAAACCAGCACUGGACGCCGCCAUGGAGUUCCAGCAGCAGUUCAUCGUGCCCAGCACCUGGAAGACAGAAGUGAAAGAAGAAAGUUCCAGCAGCGAGGAUGACGAUGACGAUGAAGAGGAAGAGCAGGAAGAAGACGCCAGCGGCGAGGAGGAAGAGGAGGAAGUGGAACCGUUCCCAGAGGAGCGGGAGAACUUUCUGCAGCAGCUGUACAAGUUCAUGGAAGACAGAGGAACUCCCAUCAACAAACGGCCUGUUCUGGGCUACAGGAACCUGAACCUGUUCAAGCUCUACAGGCUUGUACACAAACUGGGAGGUUUUGACAAUAUUGAAAGCGGCUCUGUUUGGAAGCAAGUCUACCAGGAUCUGGGAAUCCCUGUACUCAACUCGGCUGCAGGCUACAAUGUCAAGUGUGCUUACCGCAAGUAUUUGUAUGGAUUUGAGGAAUACUGCACUUCCACCGCAAUCACCUUCAGGAUGGACCUCCCUUUGAAGCAGGGUCCCAAAGGGGACGUGAAGUCUGAGGGCGAGGUGGGAGGAACAGCUGCCACAGCUUCCAGCUCUGAAGAGCAGGCAACCCUGGUGGAUGGAGAACCUUGUAGUGCACCGCCUGUUGUCUGCAAGGAAGAGAAACCUGAUUCGACCCGAAACAAAUUGGAACCUGAACCAUCAAAAACAGAAGCAAAGGACAGCGGAAAUGACGAUGAGGACGAGGAUGAUGGUUCCCUCAGAGUAGACGCAGAUGAGGGCUCAUCGACGGCUCGCCUUGGAGCAGAGAGCAUGAAGCAGGAGUGCGAUGAGGAGCAGGAGAGCAAGGACAAUUCUGGGGAUGACAGCAGUCAGGAGGGGGAGGAAGGGGAGGAGUUUGAGUGUUACCCCCCGGGGAUGAAGGUGCAGGUGAGGUAUGGGCGAGGCCGCAAUCUGAAGACGUACGAGGCCACUGUGAAAGAGGCAGACGUGGAGGGGGGAGAGGUGCUCUACCUGGUGCACUACUGUGGCUGGAACGUCAGAUAUGAUGAAUGGAUCAAAGCAGACAAGAUUGUGCGCCCCGCCAAUAAGAACGUACCAAAAAUAAAGCACCGCAAAAAAAUAAAGAACAAAGCUGAGAGGGAGCGAGACCGGUUGGAGAGGCUCAAUGACAGAGACGUCCUCGGUCCUUCAUCCAACUCUAACCGCGUCCCACGCUCCAAAUGUGGCCUGAGUCAGGAUGUCUUUUCCAAGAUGGACGAGGGUGAGGACAAAGGGACUCAGCAGUCUCCAGUCAAGUCUAUAGAAAUUACUUCUAUCCUCAAUGGCCUGCAAGCAUCUGAGAUGUCCACAGACGAAAGUGAGCAUGAAGAUGAGGAGGGAGAGCAGAAUGAACAGGAUCGGCCAGGUUGCAGAGGCAGCCCCAGAAAGGCCCUGCCGGAUCCCACACAAACAUCUGAGCGCUGGGAGAGCGGGACCCCACCUGAAGGAUCCAGACCGCCUCCAGAGUCAGGAAAGAACCCAGAUUUAGUCAGUGCAGAGAGUGCUGAUGUUGGGAAGCGUAGAAGCCAGCCAGAGCCAGAGGGAGAAGUGAGCACCAGGAAGAGGAAAUCUGACAGUGCAGCAGAGAGGACCUCGAAAGGCCAAACCAAAGCUAAGACCAGGAACACCAGGAGUGCUGACUGGUUACCUGGAGGCUCUCCCAAGAAGCUGCAGGAAAGAGCAUCUGGUCCCGGGGAGGAAAGAGGGCCCUCGUCCAGCAGCAGUUCAGAUGAUGAGGGUGCAGCACUUGCCGAGUCCCAAGCAGAGGAAAGUGAGCGAAGCCGCCCAAAAACCAAAGGUUCCCCUUCCAAGAAGUACAACGGGAUGAAGGAGAAGACCAAAACUGGCAGACAAACUGGAUUCUGGGAGAUUCCUGAGAAGAGGGCCAAAAUGUCUGGAAAUGCAGAGGAAAGGCCGGCUGUCCGCUCUAAAGGCCAAAAGGAUGUGUGGUCCAGCAUCCAGGCCCAGUGGCCGAAGAAGACUCUUAAAGAGUUGUUCUCUGACUCUGACACAGAGGCUGCAAGUUCUCCUCCUCCACCUGUACCCUCAUGUCUGGAGGAGCCGAGUGUCGACCAGGACGCUGGACCUGAGGAUGAAGCCUCAGAGGAGCAGAUGGACAACGACAAGCUACAGGAGUUUCCAAGCAGUGGCAGUAACUCUGUACUCAACACACCACCAACAACACCAGAGUCCCCCUCAGGAGGAGGCAGUGCUGUGGAGGACUCGGGUCAGGCGCAACCCUCCUCCCCUCCGCCGUCCAUGACUCCCGCCUUGCCUUCAGAGCCGGUUUCUGACACACUUCCCUCAGGACCCAUCCAGGAGGAAGUGGCAGGAGGGCGCAGUGAGACAGACAGCAGCACAGUGGAAGUGGAGAGUCUGGGUGGGGAGCUGCAAGACCUCCCUCAGGAUGAGGGGGCAGGUUCCCCCUCAAAGGUGUUUGACGUCAGUCUCUCCUGCAAUAGCAGCAGUAGCUGCAGUUUAGAGCUGAGCAGCAGCAGCCAACAGGAGAGUGAGCAGAAGUCCAAAGCAUCUGCAAGUCAGAAGCGGCAGAAAGAAUCACAGACAGGUGGAGCCUCAAAGAAACACAAGCCAAACCGCAAGAGCCCAGGUGUGCCUCCUAAAAAGAACAGGAAAACAGCCAACAGCAGUGACAGUGAAGACCAGUCUGUUGUUGAGGGCACUGCCAAAUCAACUGCCUCUAAGAACAGCACAUCAGACUCGGUGAAGGCUGCCACUUCGCCCAAGUGUCACGGACGAUCCCCCCCUUCGAGCCAUAAGUACCACAAACAGGGUGACGCAGACCACACCCAGCACCGAGACAACCAUGGAAGAUCGCCACGUGUGUACAAGUGGAGCUUCCAGAUGUCUGACCUGGAAAAGAUGAACAGUCUGGAGAGGAUUUCAUUUCUUCAAGAGAAGUUGCAGGACAUCAGGAACCACUACCUCUCCCUCAAGUCUGAGGUGGCCUCUAUCGACAGGCGACGAAAGCGCAUGAAGAAGAAGGAACGAGAAAGCACGGUAGCUGCUUCCUCCUCAUCCUCGUCCUCCUCCUCACCAUCCUCGAGCUCACUGACUGCUGCAGUCAUGCUGACGCUGGCUGACCCUCCAGUGUCAUCCUCGUCCUCCUCUUCUCAGAACUCUGGGGUAUCCGUGGAGUGCAGGUGACAGGACGAACCAGCGGAAAGCCACCGCACUAAGCACUUAACCAGCACCCCGGAGUCACCGCCCCCAUUCCCUUCCAAAAGGACAGACAAGUCAACCUACAUACUGUAACUACUGGGGCACAAAAACCAGACCAGAGACAAAAAAAAAAAAAAAGAAAGAGACAAGCACUAUUUUUUAUUGACAACUGUUUUCUUGGCAAGCUAAUUGCACUUAAGUGCACUUUUAUGAAGAUUGUGUAGGGGAAUCAAAUUUGUCAAAAAAUACAUACAAAUUGUCUUUUGCGUGCUCCUUAAUUGAACAUUUCUAACAAUUGUUUUUGCAAGCAAUAAUUGUUUCCAUUUGAUAAAGUUGUAUCGGUAAAGGAUUAUUUCCAGUGGAGACCCUCUGUGCUCUGUCCUCAUAGCUCAGCAUGGUAGAGCCUGUGCUCGCCAUGUCAUCAUGGGGAUCUCAUGGGGGAACACAGCCACACUGGCAUUAAGGGCAUAGGUAAUGUAACUUUGCCACGUUUCUCUGUCCACCCUCAUUUAAAAAGGCCUUUAUGUGGUUAAACCUCAAGUGGUUGAUGAUGCUCUUCCCGGGUACAGGCCUGUGGUCCUGUACAUGUUUGCAUUGAGUCAUAUAGGUGUUGAUGGGUAGGGUUUCAGACCAUCUUAAGUUCACUGACAACCUCAGUGGAUGAAUAUGGAAUGAUACUGUAGUGCCUUUUUGUUCUUUUCCAUGGGGCACUUUGAGAAAGGACAGCACUUGUUUUUUCUGAUCCUCUUCUUAAAUCAGAGGGUCAGCUGGAAUAAUGUGUCCCUUUAAAAAAAAAAGAAAAAAAAGAAAAAAAAAACAAGACUGAAGAAUGCUGUACGAGUGAGCAGGCAGUGAAGGGCUGAGUCUGACAGAUAAUGAAGGUUUUUAUCAGCGUAUGAUAAUAUUUAAGAAGUAUAGUUGUUAAAAAAACAAAAAACUACAGCACGCUCGUACUGGAUCACCUGUAAUCUACUACUGAAUACACAUCCAACUUGGAUAUAACUGUUAAGAUUUUUUUAAAAAGUAUACAAUGUGCAAAUGAUCAGGUGGUAAAUCCAGUGGUCACAUUACUUCAGCUCAUCAGCCUUUUACCAAUCGCUUCGUUUUAUUUUGUUUGCAUCACCCAUUUAAUCCCUGUGACCCGUCAUCGAACACCUGCAACUGGACUAAGUUAACUUGAAGGCAGCCAUAAGUAUUUACAGAGUGUUCUCAGUACUGCAGAAAAACGUGAGUGAAGCUGAAUCCCACAUUUGCAGUGUUUCAAACAACAUUAAGUUAUUUAAUUAAGGAUACUUUUGCUUCAUCACAUAAAGCAACAGAUCCGUUUUUGGCGUGUCUCUCCUUUUACUCAUCAUUAACAAUGCCAUGCCAGCUUCCUCUCAUACUCACCCCUACCAAAAAUGUUUGGUUCCGUUCCCUGUACUAUGACCAGAGUUAAGGUAAAGAUAUUGUAAAUGUGCAUUUAUAUCAUAAAGUGACGUACGUGUACACAUUUCUGAAGACAUCUCCAGUGUUUCCUUUGUAUAGAGCCCCUACUGUAUGAUAACCUGAAGUUACAUUUUGUUUGGCACUUGUAUGUAAUUGUAUGCUUUUGUUAUACAUUUGUAUAUUGAGAAGUGUUUUGAGUCAAGCUAUUUAAUAUCUUGCACUGUUAAUAACAUGUACUUUUCUGUACAGACAGUUUUACGGUUUUAACUGUAGUUUGAGUGUAAAUAACGAGGGUUACAGCAUGUUUGUUCUGCCCCUCUUGUCUUCAUUCUUGUUCUCUUGUAGGAACUGAUUUAUUUGAGUUUAUGUUGUUUUGUUCUGCCUCUUUCAUCUGUUUCAAUUGUUCUUUUUUUUCCUUUUUUUUUAAAUUUCAUGUUUUGCUUUAGUUUGUACUCUGUUUUGUUUUUCUAUGGCUUGUGCUUAUAAGAGAAGAAUGGUGGUUUUGGAUGCGGCUGAACUAUUUUCCACCCUGUACAUGGCCUAAAGCUAAAGCUGUAUGAACCUGUAUAUGGAAGAUGGUCUGGAUCAUAGUUUAAGAGAAAGUAAUGGAGCUUAUUGAAAGUGCUCAAUAGUAUUUAUUAGGCUCAUCUGAUGAUGGUCACUGUGUAAUUUAUUGUAAAAAUGUAAGCAAAGCAGAAGCCUCUGUUUGAAAUAAAUGCCAUAGUUUGUGAA